AUGGCGAAGGGAGAUAACAACCGUGAUGCAGAAGAACGCAAUGAAGAUGGAAGAUCCGGAAGAGGUGCUCGUGAUACUGGUAAUAACGGUAACGGUUACCCUAAAGGAGUUCGUAGAGAAGGUGGUGGAAGAGGAGAACGUAUACGUGGAGAAGGGGGAGGUCGGAGACGCGAUAGAAAACCAAAGGAAUCUCCCUCAGGGUCUCUGACGACUCCAACACCCGACCACCUGCCCAAAUCCUUUUAUCAAGCACCUGUUAUUUUAGAACGUAAACCUCAAGCUACUAGUCCCUCUCAACCUUCCAUAUUGACAAAAAAAGCAUCAGAAACUUCUGCCCAAACUUCUCGUUUUACACCAGUUCAAGAAGAAACAUUUAGUCGAGUUACCCCAGUUAUUGCUCCACGUGUAGAAAUCAAAUCUAUUAAUACGCGAGGAAAAUCACUUGAGAGACCGUUUGUUAAAAUGGUUAAUGAGAAGGGAAUGUUUAAUAAUGAAUCCGUCUUAAAGGUUGGUGUAUUUGGACCACAAGGAUCGGGAAAAUCUACCGUUAUUUCUACCUUAUGUCAAGAUCCGCAGAAUGCAUUUUCGAGUCAAUCGAUAGAUGCCUUGAACUUUGCAAGUCACGAAACAAUUGGAAUCGAUAUUCAUGUCACACCUGAAAAAAUUCCAAUUUCUAGCCUCUCAGUUUUGGAACACGCGAUCAGAAACGAUUAUAUUCCUGAGAAUAUGACACCUGAGGUUUGGCUUGAAUUACAGUCUCUCCAACUUGCCGUAUUUCUAUUUUCUGUUUGUAAUGUUGUUAUAGUUGUUACUGAAAGCAUUGAUUAUUCUACAUGGAAUUUUUUGAAGAAAGCUGAAAUGUUGAAAUAUAGGAUUCCCGAAUUUCCAACAGUACCAUCAUUGGCUUCGACUGACAACGGAAUCGAAUAUUAUCCUGAUAUCGAGUAUACAACUGUCAAAUACGAUCUCAUGUGUGAUAUGUUGAUUAAAAUGUUUCAAGAAUCUAAUUUAAAGAUUUUUGGCACGGUCUCCUUGGCCAAAACUUUGACUACGUAUAAACGUUCCGAUGAUCAUCCGAUGCCAAACUUAUUUCUUUUACCUUUCGAGAAUCAGCCUAUUAACGUUAAAGGAAAAGGAAUGGCUUCUAACCAUUUGAAUGUACCAGAUACAUUUUUAGUUUUGGCAGAAUCAAUGAGAGACCAAAUAUUUGAAUUGCCAAAAAAAAUUGGCAAAAAGGGACAAGUUUCCGAAAAAGAAUGGUUCAGAAGUGCCAUGAAAGCUUGGGAUUUAGUUCGUAAAUCCGAGUUCAUUACAGAUUAUGUAAAGUUUUCGCAUAAAUUAAGGGACAUGUGA